AUGUCAUCUCAUAAUCCACAAUCUAAUUAUAAAUGUGAAGAAUUCGUCGCUGAUGAUGUUACUUCCAAUAAAUCGAACGUCACAAGGAAGAUGUUGAUUAAAGAGUAUAGAAAGAUUGGCCAUGGUGCUUUUGGUACUGUUGUUCAAGCAUAUAUCACUCCAGAUAAAGAGACUUGGUACGGUCCCUUUGCUAUUAAGAAAGUACCUGCUCAAACAGAAUAUAAAUCAAGGGAGUUGCAAAUCUUGAGAAUGACAAACCAUCCAAACGUGGUUAAAUUGGAAUAUUUCUUUACUCAUCUAUCACCACAAGAUCAUAAAGUUUAUCAACAUUUGGCUAUGGAAUGUUUGCCAGAAACUUUACAGAUAGAAAUCAAUAGAUACGUCACAAAUAGAUUGGAAUUACCCUUGAAACAUAUUAAAUUGUAUACUUAUCAAAUAGCCAGAGCCAUGAUGUAUCUGCAUUCCAUGGGUAUUUGUCAUAGAGAUAUUAAACCUUCAAAUAUCUUGGUCAAUCCAGAAAGUGGGGUCUUAAAGAUUUGUGAUUUUGGAUCUGCCAAGAGGUUGGAACCAGAUGCUCCAUCCAUUAGUUACAUUUGUUCUAGAUUUUAUAGAGCUCCAGAACUAAUUCUUGGUUGUACUAAUUAUACCACUCAAAUCGAUAUAUGGGGGCUUGGUUGUGUCAUUGGUGAAAUGUUAUUAGGUCAAGCUGUAUUCCAAGGUCAAGAGCCCCUAUUACAAUUUAGAGAAAUUUCCAAAUUAUUAGGUCCUCCAGCUAAAAAAUUCAUUUUUUUCUCAAAUCCUUCCUAUGACGGUCCAUUAUUUUCAAAACCUCUAUUCACAGGUACAUCAAAGGAAAGAUUCGAAAAAUAUUUCAGUCAUGCUGGAACUGAUGGUAUCGAUCUUUUAAUGAAAGUCUUAGUUUAUGAUCCAGUUGAAAGAUUACAACCAAAAAACAUAUUGGCUCAUUCAUUUUUUGAUGAUCUAAGAAAUGAAAAAUAUUUCUUACCAAGAGGCAAAACUCAACCAAUUCUAUUGCCAAACUUAUUUGAUUUCGAUGACUUAGAAUUGAAAAUAUUGGGUGAUUUGAUUGAAAAUAUUAAACCAAAUUAUUCAAUUAAUACUAAUGGUUCAAAUGAAGCUAAUGAAAAUAGUAAUAAUAAUAACAACAACAACAACAAUACUAAUAAUAAUAAUGCUAAUAAUAAUAUAACUUCCACUCCACCACCAAACUUUAAUACUUCAGAUUCCACUCCAGUCACAAGUAAUACCAAUUCAAAUGACAAUUCAAAUAAUACGAAUAAUCCAUAA